AUGAUUGCUGUAGAAUAUCUUGAAAUUUAUUUGUAUUUAGCGUAUUUAGCGGACUACAGAGAUAAAGAAAAAUAUCUAUACUAGAUACAAGUGUAGGAAAAUACACGACGUUAGACGACUGCAUGACGUACUCUGAAUUCGUCUGAAUUCGUUGACGUUAGUGUUGUUGCACCUUUCCGUGCGAACCGUGCGAACUUUCACGAGUCCGGCGUUUGACAGGUUGAAUUUUCAACAAACAAGAACAAAGAGUAGGACUAAACGUCGUGCACUACACGAGUGUGAAACCAAAGUGACUAAAUACGGACUGUUGCUUUCAACAAAUGCUUUUAAUUUCACCUCUCGCUGAAAACCCGUUUAAUUUUCAAUAAAGUCGUUGAAAUUUAAGGUUAUGUUAGCACUCGUGAAUUGAUAAACAAUCGAGCACCGGGGUGAAGAAAAAAUUGGGAAAAAAAUAAAAAUGGAAUUGAACAAGUCGAUUUUGCUUCAAAAGCAAGUACGUGACAAUUCGGAGGAUCUUCAGAGUGAAUUUUUAGACCUGAAAAAUUGGGAAGAACAGAUGAAAAAAGCUGAUGCAGAAAUUCGUAAUGAACGAAUUGAACAAACUCUUCCACCAGUCAGGAGAAAGAAAAAAGCAUCCAAGGAAUCAUCGAAGCCACAACUCAAAGAAAAUAAUGCAAAGCCAAAGCGUAUUAAAUCUUCUGAUUAUUCAGCCUGGGAUAAAUUUGAUGUUAACAAAGCUUGCGAAGAAUUGGAUAAAAAUGAUACAGAUGACGAGGGUGAGGAACCGUUGUCCAAAGAAGAAUUGGAGAAAAACCAUGCGGAAGCCACAGAGCAUAAAAUAACUGGAAAUAAUUUUGUGAAGAAGUCACAAUGGGUGAAUGCUGCAGCCUGUUAUAGCACAGCCAUUAAAAUAUUUCCCUAUGACGCUGUUUUCUUUGCUAAUCGUGCUCUUUGCCAUUUGAAAAUGGAUAAUUUGCACAUGGCUGAAGCUGAUUGUACAGCUGCCAUUGAGUUGGACGAAUUUUACGUGAAAGCCUAUCACAGACGAGCCACAGCAAGAAUUUCCCUCAAACAGUAUGAUGAAGCGGCUCAAGACAUAAAAAAAAUGUUGGAAUUGGAACCAUCUAAUAAAGAAGCUAAAACCAUGCUAGCUCGAGUCAACAAAUCGAUUGGAAAUUCAAAACCUCUGAUAAUGAGUAGUACUCGCACUGAAAUUAAAGAAUCCGAAAGUAAGAAAGAAGAAGUGUCAAGCAAAACUGUAAAUGAUCAGGAGACAAAACGACCAGACGUCAAAGAAAUGACUCGUAAGGAAAUUGAUGGUGAAGUAGCAGGGAAUAAAUUUGAACGGAUUGGAAAAACGGGAAAUGAAGUAAAAAUUGAGACAUCCCUGACAUUUCCGAAAUGGCUACCGGAAAUUCCAGAGAACAUUGAAAUUGUCAAGGCUAUAACAAAGCCUCCGCACCAAAGAUCGAAGAAACCAUUGAGAACGGUGUUGAUCGAAGAAAUCGAGUUCGGCCCAUCGCGUAUCGUCCAAGACGAAUUGAACGAGCAGCCGAAAAACUCGACAAGCGAUACAAAGAAGAAAGAAAAUCCAUCAUGCAGAUUAUCGGAGCCCGAAUGCACGGAAAUUUCUGUACCGGAAGCUCCGAAAACAGCCGUGCAAUUUUUAUUGACAUGGCGAAAAAAUAAGUCGACGGAAUUCAGAUACAAAUACCUAAAGAAAAUUGCUGUGGAACGAAUACCAAUGAUUUUCCAAGACUCGAUGGAGUCCAACACAUUCAGUGAAAUACUACAAGUCCUCAGACUUGAAUUUAUUAAACAAAAUGAUCCAGUUCUCGAUUAUUUAAAAUAUUUGAGCCAAGUCAAACGAUUUAGAACUCUGACGAUGUUUAUGCAAAAAACUGAUAAAGAAGAUGUUCGAGCACUUUUGGAUUACAGUAAAAUCCUCGAAGACCCACCAGAUGAUAUUAUAAAAGAUCUCCUCGACAGAUAUGAGAUUUAAUGUGAUCUUCUAAUAUUCAUUUCGUUAUUAACCUACACAUUAUCUUCGCUUCAGUCAUGCCUGAUACUUAUGAUUAUAUGCAAGUCCUCGAUGAGAAUAAAACUGACUCAUUGAAAUAA